AUGUCGUCUCCUGGAGCCAAAGCAAUCACUGUGGUAUUUGUAGGCAUUGUGAGCUGGUAUGGAGCCUUAAAAUUCUGGCAACCAAUUGUUAUUGAGCAAUUAAAGAAAGAUGGGAACUUGAAGGAAGGAAUAUUUGUGCCUGAAGACGACCAACCCAAAUCUUGGCAAGACCUCAAGGAUAAAGUGAAUAUAGCUCUUCAUCCUCCAAACACAGAUCCAAAAUUGACGCAAGAAUUUGAAAAGCAAAAGAGGGAAACUGAAAAGUAG